AUGAUUGAGCAGAGGCUUUCUCAAAUGUGGAAACGAGCCCUGAAGAAACUGCAAUCAGUCGAUUUGGAUCCAUGGCUAGACUUCCAGACCCACCAGAUUCCUGCACAAACGGCCAUUAGACACCGUUACAGUGUGAUCAAGAAAAAAUGGGUCGUUGAUGAGAUAGUGAUCAAAAUCGAAAACGAUCCGUUUGAUCGUGGAGCAAUGCGUGAAUGUUUCCGUCUGAAAAAACUCCCGCAAUCUGGAUCGCAUGUCAACGAUUGGCAGUACGCAUCGAACUAUGUAGCUAAACGUUAUAUCAACAAUGUGGAUAAACAAGUCUAUUUUGAUGAUGUGCGUCUGCAAAUGGAAGCCAAGCUUUGGGCCGAAGCGUUCAAUCGACAGAAUCCACCGAAGAAAGUGGACAUUUUCCAGUUGUCGGUUUUGGAGUUGAAUGGCGCUUACACACACGGUUGUGACCCAGUCGAUGGAGGUGCAGGGGACUCUCCGUCAGCGUCCGUUCGGUCAAGCUGUUUCUAUCAUGUGGAACGGUACAUGGAAGGCGAGUAUCGGAAGUAUAACUCGAAUUCGGGAUUUGUGGAUGAACAGUUACGGAACACGCCUCAGACUGCAACGCCAUUGGUACGCCCCCGAGGUGCCUUCACGAGACGUCGCGCAGUAAGCUUCAGUCAGUCACAUGUGCGCGGUCCCAGUCACGGAAGUAGAUUUGGUCCGACUGUAGCUCGGAGCACAGAAAACAUGCACCAUGCUUUUUCGCGUCAACCCCGGCGUAGUAGUGAAAGUUUCUCAUUUUCCUCAGACGAUCAUCCAUCGUCUAGCGCGGGUUUUGUUCUAUUCAAUGGAUCAUCGCUAUCCAAUCUCUUGGAUCCAGACAAAGAUGAGACAGCAUCCAUAGGACCGUUUACCACGCUGAAGCUGGAUACUAUGCUGCCAGAUCUACAUUUGUCGGACUCUUCUGGGCUGGCACAACAGUCAUUCUCACUUACAUCGCCCUUGGUCAUCAGUCCGAAUCAGACACACUUCCCACGCCCCGUUCUUGCCUUUGAACCUUUUCCUGUUCAUCUGCCACGACGCACUCGAGAUAGAGCCGCCUCCGGCGAUUCAGGUUACUCGGGUAGAACCAAUUUGCUGUCUACCGGUGCUGUGAUCGAUGCUUCGUCGUCCAUUGCUGCCACUACUGCCUGGUCUGACGCUAGCCUUUCUCAUUCGGGAUUACACACUUCAGGAAUAAUCAACACUACUGCUGUCCAACCGCCGCCGCCUCCACCAGCACCAUUAGCAGUGGCGCACAUCGAUUUGUCGUCCGCUACUACUCUGGUUCACCCAGGAUUUUCCGGUGGUUCCGUAUCGUCGCUUGUGGACUACUCUGUACCUGCUUCUCCUAUCGGUCCACCUGUACUGUUUCAGCAUCAAUUUAGCAUGCCAGGCAGUAGUCAUUCAAUGCAAAAUUCUUGCGCAAAUGAGCUGAUGAGCCACUGGGCUAGCGUUGGACACUGGAACCACGGUUGGGGUCAUACUCCCGGAGUUCGAGUAGCUCCGGUCUUGCCGCGUCGCAGACGAAAUCUCAGUGAAUCCAGUGAUUUGGAUUUUGAUGAGGACUAUCGUGUGAACGGCAAUUUGUUGCACCAACUGAUGCAUGAAAAUCACAAACCCAGCUGUGCAGAUCAUCCGACCAAUUUGGAUCAAGAGAUUGGGCAAUCUAUUCUGGGCCAAAUUCACCAUGAGUUGGCGCGCCUGCACGAAGCCGGACGUUUUUUACCCAAUUGCAAGGGAGGCUGGUCGCACGCUGGAUUGGGUGGUUUGCUACUGAAGAAUCCUGAUCUGGGCGCUUCCGACGACCCGAACCUGGACUCUGGCAACCCGAACAACGACGAAAUGGAUGACGCCAAUGCGCCCGACUCGCAUUCGCCCGUGAUACUUCCAGAACAUUCGAUCGAUUGGAGCGCAGUGCUUUUCCACGAACGCCAUGCAGCUCAGCUCGGUUGCUUGGAAGCUAUGAUUGUCAUGGCACACUACUAUUUGGGUUUACCCACCCAAUUAAUGUUAGAUUGUCCAAUCAAGCCCAACCAAAGUGAUCUUCGUUCUGGUGUGGACUAUCUCGGUCGUGCAGCAGAGGGUGGAGAUCGACGUUGCAUGAUCUUACUUGCCCGUUUUCUCGAUGUGUCUGCUAGCCUAUCAGACCCAUCACAUGCGGUUAGUAAGACUACGCGACCAGAUGAUUUUCUUCUGCUACCCGCAUUGACCUCCGCCAGCCGAGAUGCGGUGCCACUGAUUUCCUCCGACCCAUGGUUAGAAGCGAUCACGUGGUACAAAAAGGCAGUGGAUACCGCCGGAGUUACGGCCCCCAGUGACGGAGCACCUGAUGAAGGUUUAGACGCUGAGGGUCGAUACGACGCAGCCGAAGAUCUGUUACCAGUUUAUCGUAUUUUAGCCCGAAUGGCCGAAAUGUAUUCCAUUGGAGGAUUCGGUUUGAAGCAGAAUUGCAAUAUGUCCGGGGAUCUGUUCAAUCAAGCAGGCGAAUUGGCCUCAGCCGCUCGUCAGGGCCGUCUAGCAGCAAAAUACUUUGAACUGAGUGAAGAAGCUUAUGCGAAUUGUGAAUGA